CCGACGGCGAAUGCAGCAAGUAAACCAAUUUUGUAUACACGUGCUUUGAAUCAUUUGCAAGCAUUUCUGUGAGAAGUAACUGUUUUCGUUCGAGAAAAUAGUUGUUGAAUAUUUCUUUUAAAUAUAAAGUAAAGUAGAAAAAAGUGUGCAAAAAUGCCAAGAGCAAAAAGGGAUAAGAAGAUUUCGCUUACGAAAACAGAUCGCAAGGGAUUGCAAUGGAAACAGCAAAUUGUUGAAGAUAUCAGAAGUUGUGUACAGAAAUAUCCGAACAUUUAUUUGUUUUCGGUGCAAAAUAUGCGAAACAAUUUAUUGAAAGAUUUGCGAUCAGAAUGGAAGAAAGAUGCCCGUUUUAUUUUCGGUAAAAAUCGGGUCAUGCAAUUGGCGUUGGGCAGAUCAGAAGAGGACGAAGUUGAUUCAGAUUUGCAUAAAUUGUCAAAACGAUUGAAAGGUCAAUGCGGUUUGCUGUUUACGGUUCGAGAUGAGACGGAUGUACUGGAUUGGUCAAAACAAUAUUCGGCUUUGGAAUACGCGCGCAGUGGUUUCAUUGCAACGGAAACGGUUGUUUUGCCAGAGGGUCCACUUGAUGAUUUUUCACACGCAAUCGAACCACAUUUACGUUCACUGGGAAUGCCAACGAAAUUGGACAGAGGAAUUGUCGCGCUUUAUAAAGAAUUCACUGUAUGCACCGAAGGAAAAGUUCUUACACCAGAACAAGCUCGAAUUUUGAAAUUAUUUGCCAAACCAAUGGCAACAUUCACCUUGGAAAUUAAAUGCAGCUGGUCAAAAGAUAGUGGAUACAGAUCGUAUGUGGCCGAAGAAGUUUCAACCGACAGCGGCAAUGCGGGCGACGAAGAGGACGUUGAAAUGAGUGACGAUGAUUAACUUUAUUUUAUUAGAGCCCAAUAAAUUAAGUCAAUCCAAAUAUUUGUAAACCAAAUUUUUGGUUGGAAUUCAAGAAAACUUAAUGAUAAGGAAAUAAAAUUAAACAAAAUUUUGUGGAAAAAAUAAA